AAUUUUGAGGUGCUGGCUGGCAAAGGGGCAGGGAAAGCCGAAAAUUUUUUGACCUGCCCAUGGGAAAUUCUCAAAAUUCAGCCCGCCCGGGAUGCAGCACGAGUUGAUCUCGCAGCAGAAGGAGUAUCUGCAUCGGAAGCAAAAGCCCCAAGACUGUCUGCGACACAGAACUCACUGGACUUCAUACGGAAAAAGAGGCUGUUUGGAUUGUAUCAGGGUUGUGGAGCUACAUUGCUUAGAGACGUGACGUUCUCGGCAAUAUACUUUCCUUUGUUUGCUCAUCUUAAAGCAAUCGGUAAAAGACAUGAGGGGAGUAACUAGGCUGUGUUUUAUCAUUCCUUUGCUUCCGGUUGUAUAGCAGGUUGUGUGUCUUCCUUUACUGUGAACCCAUUUGAUGUUGUGAAAACUAGAUUGCAGACAAUACACAAAGGCCAUGGAAAAAUGGCGUACAAUGGCAUAGCAGAUUGUUUCAAAAUAGUUUACCAGAAUGAGGGACCAAAGGCUUUCUUUAAGGGAGCUUUAUGUAGGAUACUUGUGAUAGCACCGCUGUUUGGUAUAGCGCAGACUGUUUAUUACCUGGGAGUGGCCGAAUAUCUUCUAGGAUACCCACGUACAUAGAAGAUACACACCAAGACUGACGACAAGUCGCAAGUGCAUGGCUGUGUUCAAAAGUCACAUGACGAUGCCGUUGUACAGAUCUACGUCACUGCAUUUAAAAAAUAUUGUUAAGUUUCUCUUUUUUUUAAAACCAUUCUUUGUAUAUUUCAUAUAUUGAACUGUAAAUAAGAUGAAUUUGAAACCUUCAUAAAUUGUGACU